AUGGCAAGUGAGGAAGAGAGUUUUCUUGUCUUAGUGCAUUGCUCUGGGAAAAUUAAAAGAAUUAAAAAGUAUGGUGUGAAGUUCACUGACAGAGAACCAUUGAGUGUAUUCAUCAGCUCAUCAAGCACUUUGUCAGAUGUAAAGAACAGCAUUGUGCAGAAGCUUGGGGUAUUUGGGAGCAAGUGGGUGAAGAAGCUAUUCUACAAGAUUCCUAUCGCAGUUGUCUCGACUAGUGUUAAGUAUGAUACGUUUGUGCUAGCGGCUGAUGAAGAUAUUAGGGUUCUGUUUCAUUGCGUUAGGAGUUUUCCGGAGGUCAGAAUACAUGAGCUGUAUGCGAAGUUGGAGGUUGGUGUUGAUAGUUCUGGGGCGUCAGCUCCAGUUCAUAGCUCGACUGCCGCAGGCGGUGCGUCUAGUUCGAUGCCUGCGGCCGGAGUAUCUGUUCCGCAGGUCGCAUCCCCUUCCUUCACGGAUGAUUUAGAUCGAACGGAAGCAGUUGGUUCUGUACCGUUGGAGAAUCCUGGGGUCUGGCAGCAGGCAUUUGAGGUGGAUACCAGUGGUGCCUUGAUUCAUGAUGUUCAUGGCUUCGGGGAACCUAAUCGAGUAGAGAAUGCAAUGCGGGACGAUGACUCUGACCAAGAGCCUGUAAAUAUCAUUAGGGACAGCGAUGAUGACACAGGUGCCAAUCUACAUACACAGCACGGGCCUUCAAGUUCUGGCACACAGCAGUACCCUCCACACUUCUUCACUCUCAACUUGGAGGCUCUGGGUCAACAGGCGGACGGAGGUUCUACAAUUGGGGGUUCUUCUACAGAAUUUCAGAUUGGACAAUCAUUCCAGAAUAAAGAUAAAGCUGUUCUGAGUGUGAAAGACUAUAGCAUUUGUUGA